AAAGCUCUUUGAAAAUCCAUUAAGCCUUCCAAAGAAGAAAAAAAAACAAAGACAAUGGCGAAAGGCCGCGACAAGCUAACGAAGCUUAAGUCAGUUCUCAAGAAGCUAAACUCAUUCAACAACAAGCAAAUCCGCCCUAUGUCGAGCUCAGUAGCGGCGUCGGCUUCGGAUAUCGACAAGGAUUCAUCGUCGGCAAAUCUCCACCCCGUCUACGUUGGAAAAUCUCGGAGGCGAUACCUUAUUAGCUCCGACAUUAUCAAAAGCCCUUUGUUCCGUGAACUCGCGGAAUGGUCGUCGGGCGAAAACGACGCCGUCAUCAACGUGUCGUGCGAGGUUGUCUUGUUCGAACACUUGCUUUGGAUGCUCGAAAAUGCUGAUCCUCAGGCUGAGUCCUUGGAAGAACUAGUGGAGUUUUACGCAUGUUGACGGCUCGUGCAGACCAAAAAACGAAACAUUUCCCGUCCGGUCAUUCCCAUGGUACCGGAGUUGUAUAUUAUGUAAUGAUAAUAUUGUAGAGCAUCGCUGUUCAUUCUCAUUUUUACUUAUGUAACAUAUAUGAGAGAUUAAUGUUCAUUUUUUUUCAUAAUAUUUACAGAAAA